GGCCAAUAGGCUGGCAGCGCUGUCUUUGGACCGGCGGUGCGGUGUCGGGGCUGGCAGUGGCCGUAGGGUUGCGGCCGGGUCAGGAUGAGCGGCUCUUUGCGUGCGGCCCUGCGCUUGGGGGCCUGGGCAGCGCGGGGCCGGCCCGGGCGGCGACACCUGAGCGAGGCGGCCGCUGGAAACACCGGAGGCAGCGGCGGGGCCGAUGGCAGCGGAGGCUCCGGUUCGAGGGAAGCGGUGGAACGUCUGGUGCGGGAGCACCCGGUGGUGGUGUUUAUGAAGGGCAGCCCGGCUCAGCCCCUCUGCGGCUUCAGCAACGCCGUGGUGCAGAUCCUGCGGCUGCACGGCGUGGAGGAUUACCGAGCACACGACGUCCUGCAGGACCCCGACCUACGGCAAGGAAUAAAAGACUACUCCAACUGGCCUACCAUCCCACAAGUUUACCUCAAUGGUGAAUUCGUUGGUGGCUGUGAUAUCCUCCUCCAGAUGCAUCAGAAUGGGGAUCUCGUAGAAGAGCUAAAGAAAUUAGGAAUCCGCUCAGCACUUCUGGAUGCAGAAAAAGACCAAGAAAAAAAGUAAAAUGAGGAAGAGAAAAAGAUGCCGUGAUGGGAAGAAAGGAAAUCUUUGAUGAGAACUUGUAACCAGUAAAGCCUUAUGUACUUCAGUUCAAAGAAGGCAUCUUUUUAAACUGAUACUAUGAUUUAUCAGUGGAUGUCUGUUAGCUCAUGGUAAAUGUAGUGAUCUCACUAUUUUGAUUUAUGGAUAUUGUGAAAAUAUGAGUAUAACCACUGUACUGUAAAGCACACACACGUGGGAAUUGUUUUAAGAAAAGUAAAAAAGAAGUUCACUUCUAAAAGCAUUCUGUUGACUGAUGCCGGAGUAAACCAAAAGAACUAAUAAUGCUAUUUGUAUUGAUUGAUUGUUUCUUUGUUUCGCAAACCUGUGUGCAAACAGUGUUUGCGUUCCUUUGCUCUUGAAAAAGUGCUAAGUAGUGCUAGUGCAUCUGUGGGGUUUUGUUUUGUUUCUGUUUUUUAUAACUCCUGAUGAUAAGAAUUCCCAAGAUCCUGUAAAGUUACUACCAUCUCAUACGAUAUAGGAGAAAAUAGCUCUCAAACAAUAUAUAAGAAAUCGUGGUAUGAGAGUGCAUGAAAUACACUUCUAUUCCAAAGGCUAAAAAUAAACACACUAGUACAAAUACAUGUAUAAUGGUCAUCAUUACUUUGUAUCUUCCUGUUAGCUGUUAAAGAACUGCUAUCAAUUGUGCCUGAUGAUUUUUAUAAAACCUUUUCUACCUCUUGCAAAGUGUUUUUCCCCCUGUUUAUAUACUUUGUGUACUGCAGUUUCUCUGUGUCAGUUUUAGAAUGUGGGAAUUGUUAAGGCUUCAGCAUUCUUGUUUGCAAUAGUACAGGAGAAAACUUCAGUAAUUACUGUAUUAUUUGCUAGUUACUGAGUUAUCUUUUUAGAUUUGUUUUAUUUCCAAGUAUCGUCUCUGAUCAGCUAUGGUUCCUGGAGUGUGGUUUUCAAAUGUGGGUUAAACAGAUUAAACUUUCACUGGAGAGAAGAUGCAAAGUGCAGCAGAAGGGCUACUGAAAAUAGCCAAAGUGUUCCUUUGUUGGAAGCUCUGGGAAGUCUUCAAAUAACUAUCUAACCCUGUUUUCCCAGGUAAAAAUGAACAGUGUAGCUUCACCUGUACAGUAAUACUGCUGAGGAUAAAAGCUAACCAUGCUGUUUUUAUAUGCCAUUUACCUUUAUGAAUGCAGACCGGGGAAUGGUUUGCAUGUGAGCUAAGCAAGAGAUUGGAAAUAAAGUGUUUUAUGUAGAUUGUCUGCAAUAGUUCCUUUUUAUUUUAAAUUACUGUAAUGAAUCCAAUACUGCUUUUAAUGUGAAAUCUAAAAUGUAGGGAAGAAAAAUAAUCCCUCACUGGAAGAGGAUCUCAGUGCUGUUAACUGGUGGUUGGGGGUUUUAAUGCAAGUUUCAAUUCCAUCUCUUUUGUGUUCACCAUAGCAAGCUGUCUAGUAGACAAAACACGUCCCUGUACAGCUUGAACAGAAUUUGCUGAAUGUGUGCUGGUUACAGUAUGUUUAUUGUAUAGUUUAGUUCAAACACAGUCAGUAUCUCCAUGCUUAAAUAGCAUCUCAGCCUAAACAGCCACUUAGCUUCACUACUAGUAGAAGAGACUUAAGCGUGAACACUGAUUAUGGCUAAUCUGUGCUCAGAGGCAGUCAGUUAUGAAUGUUAUGUAUGUAUGAGAGCAUGAGUUUGUUGUUGUUCAUACACCAUAUCACAUGAAAUGCAAAGCUUUAGUUCAGUUUAGCCACUCUUGAAAUUCUCAUUAAAUGAGGUUUUCUUGCA